UAUACUUUGUUAAUCGCCUUUCUGUGGUACGCACUGUGCGUAGUACGUGUUAAAGGAAAGACAAACCCAGCCUUUGGAUUGGCAGCACGUCGCUUGCUUCCAAUACCGCCCGCCGCAUUGCCCCCAGUCGGCGCUGCAAACCUCUGGCUUCGAAGGCGGCAGUGUGCCCUCUGGGCUCGGACUCGUCUGCGGUGUCGACGGCUUGGUUGUCGAUGGCUUUGGGGACCGACUAUGGAUGUGUGGGUGCCGUGUUGUUGGUUGCGGCGUCGUUGGCGCACUCGCUGUAGUGGAAGAUGGCGUCGAUGGAGACGUUCCAGUUGGCGAAGGCUCGUUCGAGCUCGUAGCAUCAAAGACGCAACCUCUUGCGCCCGAGGGCAGUUGCUGACACGUCGCGUCGGCCGGCGCCACGCACGUUCCAGACGUAGCGUAGUAGCUUCGCAGACCGCUGUUACAAUCUUGCGCCGCGACUUCGCCCUUCUUGGGGCAUGCACUGCCUUCAGCACCGCAGAUGGGGCCCUCGACACAAAACGUGGCGUCGCCAACAACGCUGACGUGUGUGCAGACCGUGCGACUGCGGUGGUGUGCCGCCUGUGCACACACCGCUGCUAGGAGGACCGCGAGGACGACCUUCAUGCUGGUUUCGAUGAACAGGCAAAGUGC